GGAGAGGCGGGGUGGCCGGGCCCGGAGCAGGAGUCCGCGCUUCUUGUUGUUGUUGUCCCACAGCCCCGGCGGCUCUUUACUCGCUGCUUUCUGCGCCGCCAUGUCCAACCCUCACGACCCGUCGCAGCACAACAACAACAACAACCCGCCGGCUGAGGGGACGCACACCGAGCCGGGCCUCAACAGUUCCUGGGUGGAGCUACAGAUGAACGGCAAUGGCAAUAGCAAUGAUAAUGGCAAUGGGAAAAACGGGGGUCUGGAACACGUCCCUUCCUCAUCCUCCAUCCACAAUGGAGACAUGGAAAAAAUCCUCCUGGAUGCCCAGCACGAGUCAGGACAGAGCAGUUCAAGAGGUAGUUCCCACUGUGACAGCCCUUCACCUCAAGAAGAUGGACAGAUAACUUUUGAUGUGGAAAUGCACACAAGUAAAGACAGUAGUUCUCAGUCUGAAGAAGAAGCGGUAGAAGCAGAGAAAGAGUUGGAAGUCUUGAAGAAAAGUGCUGGCUGGGUGUCAGACUGGUCAAGUAGGCCUGAAAACAUUCCUCCCAAGGAAUUUCAUUUCAGACAUCCUAAACGUUCAGUGACUUUAAGUAUGAGAAAAAGUGGAGCAAUGAAAAAAGGUGGCAUCUUCUCUGCAGAAUUUCUUAAGGUUUUCAUUCCAUCUCUGUUCAUAUCUCAUGUUUUGGCUUUGGGGCUAGGCAUCUACAUUGGAAAACGCCUGACCACACCUUCAGCCAGCACUUACUGAACGACGGAGCGCAAAACCUGGGAAUCCACGUGACCUGUGAAGGUGUUACUGUCUCAUUUAGUACAUUUUGACUUGAGACCAUUUUAAGCAUGACCCUGAGUUCACCCUUUCCUUACAUAUCCAGGUUUUCACUAACUCUGGAAUUCAGUAUUGUGUUGGAACUCUGUUGAGGUGUUUUCGCUAUCCACAUUCUUUCCCUCUGUUCUCCCAUCCCCCUGCCUCUUGGCCUGCAAGACACGUCAGAGUUGCUGAACGGAGUUUACAACUUGUCUAUAUGUUGCAAGGGCUUCUCUCGAUGCAAAAUGCCACCAGCAAGUAUGCUGUUGCCUCCUUAGUGCAACCUGACUUAAAUUGCAGUUGUGCAUGGUGUAAAUGUUGGCUGUGUUACGGUGAUAACAGUCUCUUUGGAGGGAAGUUAUUGAUUGGAGUGAAAAGGAAUUUCUCUUCUGCAGAACAAGCUGGUUGUGAAAUAAGAAAUGACUGGCAAUAAAAAAGUUGAAAUCAGCUUUGGGGGGAAUUUACUCAGCCCCUUGUAUUGACUAACACCAUAUGGUUUGCAGGAGGCAAAGACUGCAUAAAUUUUAAAGAGGAUAAUUAAAUCCAUCAGCAUAUUUUAAUAUUAGGUAAUUGUUGUAUUCUUGUCUUUUCUAUGAAGUCAGUUCCUUAUUCCUCGUAGGAAAACCUGUCUGAGGCCUAGAAGGUAUUAGAAAAACCGCAUUGUUUGCAUGUGAAGAAGCUUUUUCUGUUCCUUACCUGCUUCCUUAAGGGAAAAUUUUAAAUGUGAAAUUUUCCUGUUACAAGUAGUUCUAAGUUAAGGAAAAACCCAACAGCUGUAGGUGUAGUUAGACUCUGUACAGAAGGCUAUGAUUCUGUUUGUUGUGGAACCAUUUACAGUGAGAACAAUACGGCAGUUCCAGAAAGCGCUCAACUUACCUUCAAGGGGGACAAUCUCGCAGGUACAUCAAGACCCAGAAGUUGUAAAGCUCUGAAAUGUCUUCUGCAAAUGGAGUUUUCAAUAUUCCCCUCUCUCAUUGUUUACUGUACAAUCUCCUCCCGGGGAUACGUGGAACCUGCAAGUCAUUCGUGAUGUCUCAUGUUAGGGUAGACUUCUCACUCAUGUUGUUGAACUUUUACCUUAGGGAGCGUUAAAGCCUUGUCCUCCUUCAGUGACACUUCUUUGCAAAAUGUGAAGCUUUAGUACCAAAUUGUUACAAAGCAUUGGGACAGUCGUGUCCUUAAAUAGAUUUUAUUGGAUUUCAGAACAUGUAGGAUGACUCUGAAGGACAGAAUACUCUUUUUUUUAUAUAUAUAUAUGAAUAUAUUAAGAAAAAAUAAAGAUAGACUUUAAUACUAAGGAUUUAGGGAACCAAUCCUAAUUUUAAGACUAGCAAAAAUCUCAUUUAAAUGAAAACUUUAGUAGGCUGACUUGUAGAAGAUAAGAAAAUACAGUCAGCCAGUUUGGAGAGAACAGCUACCUGUAACUGUUUGCUUGCAUCAGGCUUUACGAAGCUGAUUGAUAACAGCAGCAAUCGCUUGAAACAGUUGAUGCACAGAAGCUAAAUCCCAGCUGAGAUUUGGUUGAAAAGGAAGUUAAAAUGAGGGUAAAUCCACUGUCCAACUGUAUUUAUUUGAAUUCUCUACUUCUAAGUGCUGUGAGAGAAUGCUUUCAGGGCGAAAGGACAGUCCAACAAAAACUUCUCUGGAAGACAUGUGCUUGCUUUCUUUUGGUUGUGAAUGCUGGUGGCGCCUGAGUUGCCUACAGCUGCGUAUCUGUGCUGUGCGUGGCUAUUGGGUUUCACCCAAAGGUGGGGGAGGGAAGGGGGAAGUGGUAAUGGGUGUUUUAGAUACUAAAUACAUAGUUUUACAGUCCUUAGAAACCGAAGGGACCAGAGAAAUGCUGAAACGCUUUCAGUUCUAGCUGCAGCACCUUGCUCUCUAUGGAGGUUGGCGUAGUGGAAAGAGAGAUCUUUAUGAAGUAGGGAAUACCUUUUUCAAAGAAACCCCCCCAAAAAGUCCUUUUCUAAACAAAAAAAAAAAAAAGGUAAUUCUUCAGAAUAUCUGAUAAACAAGUUGCAAGCUUGUGGCUAGAGUUUCAGUGAAGCUUAUAAGAUUUGAAGGAGCUGUGAACGUUAGGCUUGUGAAAACUGUAGAUGAGGAAUGGAUAUGGGAUGACUGUAACACUUGCUGUGAUACAAAGCAGUAUUUAUUGAUACCCUGUUAUAAGCUUUGGAUGAAAGUCUACGACUUCUAGUUUUACAAUGAACAGAAACAGAUUGUUGUGUAAUUUGAAAAGGGGUUUCAACUCCUGACAGUUGAAGUUUUGUAAAGAGAAAUGUUGUUUAAAAAGCUUUAUACCCGUUUACAGUUUUUUGGGGGGAAAAAAAACCCACAAACCAACCAUAAAUGCAGGCUUCAUUUUUCUUACAUUCAGUGACAACUGGCCUAGAAUAUUUGUAAAUAGGUUCAAGAAAAAAAACCAAACCAAUGCAUAAACUCGCACACAAGAUGCAGCAGGCUGGCUGCUCUGCAGCACAUUUCCUUCCUGGUUGGAAAAAGCAAAAGCUGAAGCUUGGUAGAAAUCAAAAUGUUGUUUUUUAAUUGACAUUUGUUGAAACAUUGGAGUUAACUGAGCCAAAGUGACGAUGAGUUCUUCAUAAAUUAGUUAGCACUUUGUAACAUUAUAUACAGUUUACAUGUAUAAGUUGUAGCUUAUAAACAUUUUGUGCCAUUAAAGCUCUCACAAAACUGGUUGUCUGAA